CGAACAACGCCUCCUUUGUUUGAUUUGCAUCGACUCUCCCAAGUAUCGUCCUAUAAAUAUUCCUCCCUCCCAUGGCAUCUCCCUAUCCGUUCUUUCUAAUCGGCUGGCGGAUUCCAACCUAAGCGUUUCCAUUUCCCCCUCUUUCCUAGGGUUUGAAUUUUCAAGGGCUUUUCGAGAUUUCUACUAAAUGGCGCUCCGAUUCCAUUUUCCCUUCUCUUCUUCGUCUCCUGCAAUCAAUCAUCCCCAUAUUCCCGCUAAAUCCCAUCGAUUUCUUCCGUUCAUUGCGAAUUCAAGCCCUUCUCCUUCGUCAUGCCUCCAAUUCCACCAUCAAUUUCCAGGUCGUAAGGUCGAGUUUGCGAGAAAUACGAGAUAUGCUUUGGCAAGGAUCGUUUGCUCUGUGGCGACAACCGGAGAAAUAAUCGAGACUUCGGAGACAGUGAAAGAGAGGAGUGUCUCGGUCGUUCUAUUGGCAGGAGGGAAGGGAAAACGGAUGGGGGGAAGUAUGCCAAAGCAGUAUCUUCCACUUCUAGGCCAGCCAAUUGCUUUAUAUAGUUUCUACACUUUCUGUCGCAUGGUUCAAGUGAAAGAAAUCAUUGUAGUAUGCGAUCCAUCAUACAGGGAAAUAUUUAAAGAUGCUAGUGAGAAGAUCCAUGUAAAUCUCAAAUUUGCCCUGCCUGGGAAGGAAAGGCAAGACUCUGUUUUCAAUGGUUUUCAGGAAAUAGAUGGAAGCUCAGAACUCGUUUGCAUUCAUGAUUCAGCAAGGCCUCUGGUGUUGCCUGGACAUGUCGAAAAGGUUCUUAAAGAUGCUUGGCUGAAUGGGGCAGCUGUGCUUGGUGUUCCUGUUAAAGCGACAAUCAAAGAGGCAAAUACUGAAUCUUAUGUAGUAAAAACACUAAACCGGAAAUCGCUUUGGGAAAUGCAAACUCCUCAGGUUAUCAAGCCUGAGUUGCUUAGAAAUGGUUUUGAGCUUGUCUACAGUCUAGGACUUGAAGUCACCGACGAUGUAUCCAUUGUGGAGCACCUCAAGCAUCCUGUUUUCAUCACCGAAGGAUCUUACACAAACAUCAAGGUUACAACCCCCGAUGAUUUGAUACUUGCAGAGAGGAUACUGAACAUUGAUGCAAACUGCAGAAUAGCGGUCUGCGCACAGUAAUUCUUGUAAAUUCAUUGUUAGUUUGGUAAGGAAAAGCAAAGGGAGACCUCUAUAAGUCGGAUAGCAUUAAAGCUCUCCGAGAUGGCCGUUCCUAUAUAUGGUGUAGAAAUGUUGGAUUGGAUGAAAGAUGCCCGAGAUGGCCAUUGCCAUAUUUGAGAAAGAAAAGUUAAAUUUCUUUUUUUCCGCUGGCUAGGUGACCGGGAAAACACUGAACAGUGUUGUAGCUUAUCUCCAUCAACAGUUUAAUUCCUGUCCAAUUUAAUCAAUUUAACUAUA